AUGAGACCACGGGCGCUGGACGUAGCCGCGCGGCGAGGGGCGGUUAGUCGUUCGCCGUCGUACUUCCCGGGGGAGUCUGUUGCUGGACCACCGGAGCGGUGCCUGCCACGAACUUUCAUCUGCAUGUCUGUUGACAGGCGUUGUCGAGGUGGUGCCGAGAUUCCUCGUUCUGGACGCACCUUCACCGAGAAGCGGUAUAACACAGACACCGGUGUUAAGCAGAGCAUAGGUUGGAGGAGGCAGCAAAAUUCAGCAGUGGCGGCUCCUGAGGCAUGCGCUAAUUGGGACGCUUUCCUCUGUCGAUGUACUCGGCUCCAAUCGCCGUUAGCUCCGACGCGCUCGAGACUCGCGACUGAACGAGCAACCUUCUCGGCCGUUCCCGCUGUAUCUCUAGCGGCGAUUGCCUCGCGGUCAACGCCGGAACUGGUAGAUGGUGGAUGCGUCAAGCGGGACGGACACACGGGCUCAGUAACACAUAUGGACGCAAAUGAUGCGACAAACUCUGUGAACGUAGAAAUGCUUGGACCCUUCGCGCUAACGAGGUCCAUCCUCAAGGCUUUCCGAGAAGAUGAACGAGACGUCGCUCUCUGGCGCCGGUUUGCGAGUCGCGCGCGGGUCCUCUUGCCGUCGCUCCCGCCCUCUUCACUCGUUCCGGUUCUGGGUACCUUCGCAACGUUGGGUUAUCGUGAUCGGGAUCUUCUCGUCGGGGCGGCCGAGGCGCUUAUUCCGCAGCUGUCGAUUUGUACAGGGAAAGAAGUGUGCCGGGUGACUCACCAUUACGCCCAGCUGUUGACUCGACAUGAUCUACUUUUUUCUGUGUGUGCUCGUGAACUGGCGCGACGCGCUCACGAGCUACAACCAAACGAAGUUGCACGGGUCCUUCAUUCAUAUGCCCGUUUGGGUUACUUCCAUCCUCAUCUGUUUGCCGUUCUCCGUCGCCGGGUUUUCGAAAUAUCCAAGCGCCUCGAGCCUGGAGCCCUUGUCUUGGUCCUUUCUGCUGCUGCGAGACUGCGACUUCGGGAUGAAAAACUGCUGGCAGUUUUGGCAGCAGAGAUCUGCCGACGUAUCGCUGAUGUAAAUGUGAAGGGACUCGCUGUUGUUGCGAAUGUGUAUGCGGAAAUGGGCGUGGAGAACUCUUUCCUGUUGGAUAUCCUAGCGGACGAGGCAUUUCGAAAGCGGCACGAAAGACGCCCACAAGAUGCCGCGCUCCUUCUGCGGGCUUUAGGACGGCUGGGGCGGGGGUGCUUGAGCAGUAAGAGACAGAAAGCACUUGUGGAUGAUUUAACGCGGGAUCUGCCAAGACACAUAAAAAAGUUUUCUCUCGAGCAGGUCUCUAUGACUGUUGCAGCUCUGUCACGCCUGUGGGGAGACGCUCCGCAGGCGAUCACGCCGGAACUGGGGAAUGGAGCAGCCAAUCGACAAGAUCUUUUGGAGGCUCUGGGUGACCGAGUGGGGACUUUGGCUUCCGAUCUCACCCCACAGUGUGCGGCCGCUCUUAUAUUUGCCUUUGCAAAGCUCGGACAUCGCCACGGCCCUCUUCUCUACCACAUCCCGGAGCAUGUGGAGCGCUUCCUUCCUGGGUAUAGUCUUGACCAGUUGGCGAAGGUUUGCUUCGCGUACUCAAAGCUGCACGUACCUAACGCUCCAGUGUUGCAUUUGACUCUGCAGCGUCUCCCGGAACUCCUUCGGGGAAGAAACAGACAGAGGGAUGAGUCCGGAAACGGCGACAACACAGGACGCGACACCAAGGAGGCUCCAACUACGCAGACAGUGGUUGGCGCAGUCGACUGGCGACCCAUAGGGACAGAAUGCGCAGAGACAGGGAUGAUGCGGACGACCAGCGAACCUUCGCUCUGUAACCUGGGAGACACCGAGACCCGUGGAUCGAUUGCGAGGGGUUGUCACACUGGCGGACGUGAUGCGUUCCAGUCUGGUCUUUUCCAGGGUCCGAGGCGGAAGAGCCAGUCACGUCUUGUCCGGCUAUAUGCAGAACGUUUUUCGGGUUCAUCUUUACCUUCUUCACCCCCCUCAACCGCACUUCACAGGAGUGGAAGUCACGGCAGCGGACCAGCGGAUCCUGGUCAAGCAUCAACAUCAGAAAACGGUGACGGCGAAGCGAAGAUGAGCCUGCCAGGUGGUCUGUCACCCUCCUUCAGUAAAGCACUGGUCAAGGUUGGCCCAGACGGAAUGCCCGAAAAACCUGUCUUCGGCCAAGCCUUGAGCCCAGCCCAGCCACGACUGCACUCGAUUCUGCGUAUUUUGAGGGCAAUGCUGCAGCUGAAUGUAUUCGACAAGACGGCGCUUACACUUAUCGGAGAUCAUUUGGCUGAUCGAGCGCCAGAAAUGGAAGCAUUUUCUGUUGUCACGGUCGUCGACCUCUACGCCGCUAUCGGCUUUCUACAUCGGCCUCUCAUGGAGAAAGUUCGGAUUGAACUCCGGGAUCCUCGCGAGGGAGUCAGUUUCACCCAAGAUCAACUACGUUGUUUGUUCGACGCCCUCCAGCAUCGACUGCAACUUUCGCCAUCCGAAUUCGGCGUGUUGCGUGUGCCACGGACUGCUGUGACAUUGGCAGCCCCGGCGUCGUCCAAGAUGGAAAUACUCACGUCCGCUUUGCUGCGCACCUCCGCCCAUCUUGACACAAGUGGAGGCAGCUGUAGCAUGACAUACUCAGUGGCUGCAGCUGAUGCAGUCGAUGAGGGGAGCUCGACGGACUCAGUAGACGACAAACGGCCAACAGAUGAGGGCUCAGGACUUGGCACAUGGUUCUACUUGCACGUUCCAGCAUACCUUGAAACGCUGCUUCAGCCAGAAGUACAACAAGCAAUAGCUUCGGUCGCUGAAGACGCUGAAGCAUUGGAAGCAGAACUCACGUCGUUUGACUUCCCUGUUGCACACACUAGAGAGUUUAACGCAGAUCCAAAGCAGCAUCAAGUAUAG